AUGGAGACCUUGAGCGUGGAGGUGAACAUGUCCGUGGAGGAGGGGGCGACGGUGGCCACGCAGCUGGAAAAUGCCCCCAGCUUCAAAUUAUGGGCAGAGUUGGAGGGAGCAAAGCCCCCCCACAGUUUACACGUAGGGAGCAUUGGAGAGUUGCAGACGGUGGCAAUUCCACAUCAGAUAAAAUGUGAAGCAGAGGAAGGGACGUUGCAGGAACGCUGGGAGGCCCAGUUGCAGGAGUUCCUGAAGACGCUGCAGGCCCCGGACUCAGGAUGGGCGAACCCACGCUCGGCCGAUAAACCCACACCGUGGGAGGACACCAAGGCUUUCCUGGCCUCCUUUGAGACAGUCGCGUGGGCAUGCCAGUGGCCUCGUGACAAGUGGGUGACCUUCCUCCUGCCGGCCCUCAGCGGAGAAGCCGAGCAGGCCUUCAGCAACCUCAGUGCCCGAGACAGAGAGGAUUAUGGGAAAGUGAAGGCGGCCAUCUUGCAAAGAGAGGCCGCCGCCAGGGAGAGGCAGCGUCAGCACUUCAGGCAGUUCCGCUACCGGGAGGCGCAGGGGCCGAGAGCGGCUUAUGGCCAACUCCGGGAACUUUGCCAUCGGUGGCUGAAAGCUGAAAGACGCACCAAGGAAGAGAUCUUGGAGCUGCUGGUUCUGGAACAGUUCCUGGCCGUCCUGCCCCAGGAAAUGCAGAGCUGGGUCCGGGAACGUGGUCCGGAGACCUGUAUCCAGGCAGUGGCCUUGGCAGAGGAUUUCCUGGUAAGGCAGAUGGACCCUACAAGACUAAAAGAGCAGGUUCCACCAUCCCCCAUCUGGACCCAGCACCUCUGCAGGGAUGCCAAGCAAGAGCAAGCUGAAGAGGCAACAUCACUGGGAGAUGCACAGACCUUUGACGAUAGAUUUCAGCAGGACAAUCAAGAGCAAGUGGAAUCGAGACUCGCACGGCUAGGAGGAAACCAAGUUUUUCAGUGUCAUGGUGAGAGUGAAUUAGAGAGUGAAAAGGAAGGUCUGGUGGGUAAAGCCCUUUCCACUGCAGAAGGAAAAUGUGAUCAGACAGGAACCAGAACAUGCCAAAACAUCCACCUUUCUGGAAGAAGCUUCAGAUGGAGCUCAGAUCUCCGAGUGCAUGAGUGUACCCGAUCGGGCGGAACAUAUAAAUGCACCAAGUAUGGGAAAAUUUUCGGUCAGAAGGAAGCCCUUAAGAGAAACGAGAGAACUCACCCAGGAGAGAAACCGUUCAAAUGCUCAUUGUGUCCAAAGAGUUUCACGAAUGGCUCCAGCCUUAUCGUGCAUGAGCGAAUCCACAAAGGGAAGAAGUCGUACAAGUGUUCAGCGUGCGAGAAGAGCUUCGGCCGCAAGGGGACACUCAUCAUACAUGAAAAUCUCCACGCGGCAGGGAAACUGUAUAAGUGCUUUGGGUGUCCCAAAAGCUUUGCCGACUGCUCCAACCUCGUUGCCCACGAGCAAAUUCACCGAGGAGAGAAACCUUACAAAUGUUCAAACUGUGGGAAAGGUUUCAGCCAGAAGGGAACCCUUAGAACGCAUGAAAAAAUCCACUUUGGAGAGGGACCUUUCAAAUGUUUGGAAUGUGGGAAGAACUUCUGCAGAGCCACGAAACUGAGGGACCACCAGAGAAUCCACACAGGAGAGAAACCAUAUCGGUGUUCAACAUGUCAGAAAAGUUUCACCGAUGGCUCCAACCUCAGUAGGCAUGAGAGAGUUCACACGGGAGAGAAGCAGUUUAUAUGCUCUGAGUGUGGGAAAAGCUUCAAUCAGAAGGGAAACCUGCUGAUACAUGAGAGGAUCCACACCGGAGAGAAGCCGUUCAAGUGUGCAGCGUGUGGGAAGAGCUUCAGUCAGAAAGGAAACCUUGCAAAACAUGAAAGAACUCAUGCUGGGAGGGACACAUUAUAAGUGCAUGUGACGCU